AUGACGCACCGAAGAACAGGCUCUUCUUGUCUCCGUGCGCCUGGUUUUGGUCUCUUCAAAAAUAGAAAGUCGGAACAGAAUGCGGCCCGCAAGUUGAACAGAUCGGAUGCGAAGCCGAAGGCCGUUGUCGGAGAUAAAGCCAUGAUGAUUAUUUAUGGAGUGAUUCCCCCUCAAUUCACCAUUCAACCCUGUAAGUUCUUGCAAGACUCUGUGACUCUGGAUAGCUCGUCAUCCAGCACAAUGGCACUUCCCCAGAACAUCCUCAUCGUGGGAGGAGGCGUUUUCGGACUAUCCACCGCUCUCUCGCUCUCCUCCCGCCAUCCCAGCUCAAAAAUCACCCUCCUGGAGGCCUCUCCCACCAUUCCCAACCCGCACGGCUCAUCCGUCGAUGCCUCUCGUAUCGUCCGUGCCGAUUACGCCGACGCAGCCUACGCGAAACUAGCCAUUGCGGCCAUUAAUCGCUGGCGAAACACCGACUGGGGCCGUGAUGGCCGGUACACGCAGAAUGGGCUCCUCCUCGUUUUCCCCGAGGGCAACAGUAACGCGAGAAAUUACGCAAGAAAGAGCUACGAGAACGUCAAGAAACUGGGCGAUAAGGUCGAGUACCUACCCACCAAGGCGGAUGUGCAUCGCGUUGCACCCGCAUUCGACAAGGAUCUCCGCGUAGAUGGCGGCUACGUGAACUGGGCAUCUGGCUGGUCCAAUGCAGAAGCAUCCGUGCGAUACGCAAAGAAACGCCUCGACGAGGAAGGCAAGGUGGUUUUCAAAACCGGUGAGGUGGAACAGAUUCUGUUCGAGCAGUUGUCGUCGCCCAAAGCAACCGGCGUCCUCUUGAAAGACGGUACAACCCUCACGGCCGACCUGAUCAUCCUCGCUACAGGCGCCUGGACACCGAAACUCGUCGACCUGCGCGGUCUAGCCGUCUCAACAGGCCAAGCAAUUGCCUUCAUCCGCAUCUCGGACGAGGAACAGAAUCGUCUAGCGAACAUGCCUACCAUCCUCAAUUUUGCGACAGGCAUCUUCAUCAUCCCGCCGCGGAACAAUCUACUCAAAAUCGCCCGUCAUGCUUACGGUUAUCAUAAUCCCAAGACCGUGCCGGUUCCGGGACCUACUAGUCAACAGGGAACGACGAUGGAAGUCAGUCUCCCGGAGACGGGGGUACCCAUUCCACCUGAGGGUGAAGAGGCUAUGCGAGUUGCCUUGAAGGAAUUGCUGCCUUCUUUCGCUGAUAGGCCGUUUGUUGAGACUAGGGUUUGUUGGUAUACAGAUACACCAAAAGGCGACUUCAUAGUAACCUACCACCCAAAUCACCCGAACCUCUUCCUCGCAACGGGCGGCAGCGGUCAUGCCUUCAAGUUCUUCCCCGUAAUCGGAGAUAAAGUCGUCGAUGCGCUGGAGGGGAAGCUCGACCCCGAGCUGAAAAAGAUGUGGGCUUGGCCUGAGUCAAAGGUGGAUCCGAACUUCCUGGCAACGGAGGACGGGAGUCGGUCUGGUGUUAAAGGAUUGCGCUUGUUAGACGAGUUGGCCAAAGGGAAGAAGGCCAGCAGAAGCAGUGUCUUGUGAGUUUUCACCAUUUCAGAAU